GUGUGAACAGUGACGCAGUACGUAGUGCCCUCUGUGUCUCUGCACCUCCCGUGCAACUGCCCUAGUUCUCAAUCCGGACUUGACCGACCGGCAUUCUACCAACACUCGCUCAGAUCACUCGUACAAUUCAUAAAAGAUGCAUCGUUCAGCAAUGCUGCUGUUGUUGGUGGGCGUGACCGCCGUGCUGGGAGCCGCCGUUCAAGACUCAAAAGCCACCGAAGAGACAGCGCCCGAAUUGUCAGAACAAACACAAGUGAUCAAAAACUCCCCACAGCUCGCCAGAAUAAUCAAGAAGGGCAGAGCCUACACCAGAGGUCGAUCUUUCUUCCAAAGAAUGAGUACAACCUUCAUGAACUACUUAGGCUUUGGUAACGAUGACGAGUACGAGGACUUUGAAGAUUCGGACUAUUUGUACCCUGGCUUAGAUCAUUCUGGUGUGCUUGGCAACCUCGGCUCCUCUUAUGCCGCCUACAACCCUUACCAGAGCAACCACCCCGCCCGUGACGACAACUUCGAAGAAGAGGACGAGUACACCUGGGGGGACUUCGCGUUCGACGCCGCAGUGGUAGCGGUGCCCAUGGCGCUGGUGCUCGCAGCCAUGCCCACGGGUCUCUUCACCAUACCCAUUGUCGGUCGCUCGAUGUCCAACAACGUCGAAGAAACUCUAAAGCCCUUCGAACUGCCGCUCCUGAGGGCCGUUGAGAAGGCGGACUUCCUGUCGUACACCACCAGGGACUGCCAGGAGCGACUCUUCUGUGAGAUUGCGCAAGUCGGGCGCCACGAAGGCUCUUCUAUCUUGCAGAAGAUUAUGUACCUCACUGCUACUUUGACGCCAGACGAGUAUGCCAAGACAUACACGGUCGAGAAGCUCUUCAAGUCUGCUCGCGAUGGCCACUGCGAAUCUUACAAGUGCGUGCCGCUCAUGGCGCCUUCCAAAGUCAGCAAGCAACAAAAACAAAUCGAGGCUGAGGCAAAAGCCGUUAAAGAGGAAUAACUGUAAGGGUUAGCUUUAAAUCGACAUGGACCAGCUAAAUGGUGUUUAAAAUGAAUCUUAAUACUGGUACGUUGAGCGUUGGCUCUCAUUCACAGCGAUCAGGAAUGGCAGAAACUUCAUAAUACCUGAACACUUCUAUGACAGUAAUCGAACGGUCAACGAGUUUGAGUACUUAAGAGCGUCGUACUUGAUUUCAAAUCAUCUUAUCUUAUGAUUAGAGAAGCAUGAUGACUUGACAGAAAUUUAUUUACGUUCGUCUCAUAAUUGUACGCGCGAUUGCGCACCUAAUUUAUUGUAAUUUAUUUGUUAUUUAUUGUGGUAAGUUCUUACCAAAUCGUGAUUGUUGUUUUUUCUGUAUCGUAAGUAUUUAUUGAUUGAUGAACGUUGCUGGAUGCUCCAGUUAAAUUAAAAAAAAUUGUUAUUUAUUGCGUAGUUCUAAGUUUCACAGUCGAGCAAGUUAUGCUCCUUUGAACAAAAACCUGAGGUAAAAUGAUCUGUUGAACCAGAUAGGCAGACCUUGUUCCAAAAUAAGCUUCCUUCACAGCUUCAGUCGACUCGUGUGAAUAUUUACGUAGAGUAACUGAUUUAAUGGACUGACAUAGAUAAUAUAAACAUAGUUAACAGUUUUGUUUUUGUGUGCGACUAGACUGAAUUAAAAAAUUUUAUAUGCUGCACUGAGAACAGAACUGCGGGCAACUGUAGAAAAAGACGUGUAAUAAAGACUGUCACCAUCUCACUUACAACCGAAAGAUAUUCUCUGACGAUGAUUAAUCACAUUUGACUAACUGCCACAAAUUCACUAGAAAACUUUUAUUACGUUUAAUAAUAUGAACAGAAGCAUUUGUAUCUGGAGCUCGAACAGAGUGUAAAUUUAGCCACUGUGAGACAUGGAGUGGGUGUUAUGGAACCUACAGUUGUCAGCAGUGGUGGAAAAUAGAAUAAUUGCUACGCGAUUUGUACAAUUAAACGCGCUAUAGUUUCGACAGAUUUUUAGGGAAUUGCCCAUUUUUUAGGUACCUAAUAUUUUUGUCCGGACAGAUCACCAAAGAAAUUUAAAGAUGUAUUAAUGUUAGACCAGAGCGACCAUAGACGAAAUGUUAUUUACGUAGACCUUUGCUCAAUUGCACGAUGACUGGCAAAGUCCCCUUACUUGGCAUUACUUUUUAGUAACUGAGACUUAUGAGUGUGUGUAAAUGAGUAUAGAAAGUGGACGAAUAAUCAGAAUGAUGGAGAGACAGCAUUGGUACAAAUGAUAUAUUUAUACUGCUUAGGACUGAAUACAGACGUAUACUCGUUAUAGAGUCAAUGGACAUUAUUUCUUUACUUUAAUGCGCAACUAGACUUCUCGAACUCUGUACUAUAAGUUAUCGAACUCUGUAAACUAUAUAACAACAGGUGACUCAACUACUAGUUCAAACAUUUCACGAUUGACAACUGUAAUCGAAGUGACCAAAACCCUCCGUCGAAGUUCAUGCACUACUGGAUGUUUCGAGGAUGACUUCACGACUGACUUCACGACUUACGUCAGAUAAGCGACAUUUUCUACUGUGACUGUUGACUUUGAAAGGCCACCAAGAAAUCACGACGGAGUUACUGAGCGGCGUUUCCUCGAAAUUUGACACAGCGCGAAGAAAGACGGACGCACUUGCAAUACAGGACAUUUAUCCGACAGACGAAUAAUUUUUUUUACGGCUAUUUGGUUCGCUGCUACGUAUAAAUGACCUUUUGGACUCAAUUCUGUCUGCGAGAAGGACAUCGAUGCAGACCGACUACUUAGACCAAUAUGAUCGAGACUAACCCCAAAGAACGGCCACAGGAAGAAGUCAUUGCGACAUUCAACAGGUUGUAAGAGAAAAGUGUUUGCUGAGACAAACACCAUCAGAACAUAACUGCUUUACCGAGAUGACUAAGACCACUUAAGGCUACUGCAAUUACAGGCACUAAUUUAGACGACUUCCCUAUUAUACAAGCUUUUAUCAUGACCUGAUAAAUAUUUCUUUCGAAUUUUUGAGAAUCAUCGACGACGAGUGGACGAAGUCCUUAAGACAUUGACACAAAGAUUUGUGACUGAUGACAACCGAACUCCCGAUUGACGACGUGGAAAGGGGAUUAUGCUUCAGUAAUUACAAUUUUUUCGACGCUGACUGACGUGACACAACUUCGUUUGUAUGGCAGAAACUUCGUGUUUCACAACUUCGUGACUUUGUUUAGGCAGAAGUGAAAUGUUCGAUACAGGACAGCUUGGACCGACUCCUACAUGACCUACGAGUGAACUACCGACAGUAAAAUUUGACUGGCAACCGAUCAGGAACUUUUCACCCCAUUUCAAAUGAACCGUUUUGUUACGUUGUUUUUUAAAAUAUUAAUUUCAUCCAAGUUUCAGCAUAUAUUUUCUUCUAAUAAAACAGACAGUAUC